GUGAGGUUGAUGUGAGGUGGCUCCAGUUCCAGUUCGUCUGAAAGGGGUUGAGGUCAGCGCUGUGCGCAGGACGCUCGAGUUCUUCCACCUUCUUCCAACCUUCACACACCGCGUCUUCAUGGAGCUGGCUUCGUGCACAGGAAGUGUUGUCGGUACACAGAGACAUUCCGGACAAUCCAUCGCUUACGACUCUGUGGUUAUAAAGUCAGAGGAACAACCACGUGUGAUGGUCAGGGGUGCACAUACUUUCGGCCAUAAUGAACGCUUAGUACAGUAUAUACUGUAUAAUGCAGGUUUAAGGUGGAUAUAUAGUCACUGUGAUUGAUUCAUUUAUCCAGUAUGAGGUAUGAUGUGCAUAGUAUUGUGGAUUCUUUAAUAGCUUCAUAAAUUAAAUUAACACAAACAGCAAGAGAAAAAAAAAAGUGAGAAGGGGGGAGAAAAAAAAGUGCACGUGCAGGAUCUGAGGUUUAAUGCUAAUGCUAGCUAGAGUGCGCGCGCGUGGAGUCUGAGGAUCGCGAACGCAACAGUAAAACGCUGAUUUUUCUUUUCCUUUCUUUACCUUCAGAGCAGAGACUCGGUUUAAAUGUCACAAAGAAGCGUGAAGAAACUUUCUACUGCAGCCUGCAACAAACAAACAAACAAACAAACAAUAAACAAACAAACAGGUGAAUAAACUAAUCCAGUAAUAAGGACAUUUUUACUUUAACAUGUCUCGCGACGGUGAACGAGCCGUAGCGCGCGGUAGAUACACACACACACACACACCGAUUGGAGCAUUGGAGAGAAGGAGGGGGUGAUACACACACACACACACACACGCACGCACGCACACACACAAAUCUGUGAUGUGGAAAGCUCGGAGAGCGCGAGCUCAGCCGUGUCCGUGUCCGCGUGCGUGCUCGUGAAAGCUCCGCGUUUGUCUUUCUCUCUCUCUCUCUCCUCCUUUCCUCCUAGCGCGUGCAUACCGGCGAUCUGUGCGCGCGGUUACUCGCGCAUCAUCCACCCCGCGUGCGUUUGGACGCAUCACCGUGUCCGCGUGUGUGCGCGCGCGCUCGUGCGUGUUCGUGUUCGGACGCUUUAUUAUUAUUAUUAUUAUUAUUAUUAUUAUUAUUAUUAUUAUUAUUAUUUUCUUUCGUAUUUUUUUUUUUUUUUCGCGUUUCGCUUGGUCCCCUUUCAGCACGUGUGUGUGUGUGUGUUUGGUGCGUUAACGUUUCGUGUCGCGCUCAGUUUCUCACCUGAGAUAAGAGCUGCACACACACACACACACACACACACUUACACACACUCAGUUGCACGCGCACGUCGAGAUUUCGGGGCUUUUAGCUCCCUCUCUCUCUUUUUUGCAUCAAGUUGGAGAUCGGCUUGAGGAAGUUUUCUUUCUUUUUUCUUCUUUUUCACCGGACAAAUGGGAUGCUGAAGACGGAACGAGAGCAGGUGAACGGUGGCUCUAAGCAGACCGGCGCACAGAUCGACUGACUGCUUGUGUGUGUGUGUGUGUGUGUGUGUGUGAGCGUGUGUGUGUGUGCGAGAGUGUGUGUGUGUGUGCGUGUGUGUGUGUGUGUGUGUGUGUGUGUGUGUGUGUGAGAGAGUCAUGCAUGCAGGAUGGAUGUGAAGGAGCGCAGGCCGUACUGUUCGCUGAGGGAGAGUCGCAGAGAGAAGGACAGACGCUUCACACACUCGUCCGGCGGAGAGAGCGACGAGUGUCGCGUCCCCACGCAGAAAUCCUACAGCUCCAGCGAAACGCUCAAAGCCUUCGAGCACGACUCGCAGCGCCUGCUGUACAGCGGCCGAGCUAAAGAGAGAGAGCCCCGAGACACGGACGAGUACGGCCGGCCAGGGCAGAACUUCACCCUGAGACAGUUGGGGAUCUGUGAUCCGGCCACGCGUCGCGGGUUAGCGUUCUGCUCUGAGAUGGGCCUCCCCCAUCGCGGGUACUCAGUUGGUACAGGCUCAGAUCUAGACGCUGACAACGAGGCCGUGAUGUCACCGGACCGCGCCAUGCGGCUGUGGGGUGGGGGGGUCAAGUCCGCACGCAGCUCGUGCCUGUCGAGCCGAUCCAACUCGGCACUGACGCUGACCGACACGGAGCACGACAACAAGUCCGACAGCGACAACGGUUCUCCCAUGCCAUCCCCUCUCUGCAGUCCAUCUGAUCACUCACUCCAUCCUCCGCCGCACAGCGCCGAGUCCGAGUCAGACGACGAGCUCACACACACACACUGCAGAGAGCACACACACACUGCGGCCCAUGAGCAAGUGGCCAAUCAGCAUCAGCAGGGCCAGCCGGCUCCUCCCACCUUGCCUCCGGCCCCUCCCCCUCACAAGCCGUUGGUGACGGCGCUGAACCACAGCUCAGUGAUUGGCCGGCGGAACGGAAGCCCCGCUCCUCCCCCGCCCGCCGAGCUGCCCACCACACCCGAGUCCGUCCCGCUGCAGGACAGCUGGGUCCUGGGCAGCAAUGUGCCGCUGGAGAGCCGAAAAUUAACAAAGCAAGCAGUUCUCCAAAACGGCCAUGAGAGCCUGAUAGAGAUGGAUGCGUUGAAUCCCGUGAGCCACGAGGGCAGCUAUGGAGACGGGCACUUCCUCUUUAAGACAGGCACAGGAACGACCCCUCUGUUCAGCACGGCCACUCCGGGCUACACCAUGGCUACGGGGGCGGUGUAUUCGCCCCCCACACGGCCCCUGCCCCGCAACACGCUCUCCCGCAGCGCCUUCAAAUUCAAGAAGUCGUCCAAGUACUGCUCGUGGAGGUGCACGGCUCUCAGCGCCGUCGCCGUGUCCGUCCUGCUGUCCAUCAUCCUCUGCUACUGCGUCUCGAUGCAUCUGUUUGGACUGAACUGGCAGCUGCAGGAGACGGAGAGUUUCGCUUUUGAGAAUGGACAGGUCAAACCCGAUGGCACGACAUCUAACGGAGUCACCGCACUGUCAGCUGAGCACGGUAAAGGGGGCGUGUACGUUCAGGAGAAUAACACUAUAGACACAGGUGAGGUGGACGUGGGGAGACGGGCGGUGCAGGACGUUCCUCCCGGAAUGUUCUGGCGUUCUCAGCUCUUCAUCGAUCAGCCGCAGUCGCUCAAGUUCAACAUCUCGCUGCAGAGAGACGCACUUGUCGGAGUGUACGGACGCAAGGGCCUGCCGCCGUCACACACUCAGUACGACUUUGUGGAGUUGCUGGACGGCAGUCGUUUGAUCGCAAAGGAGAAGCGAGGCCUGGUGGAAAUGGAGGGAUCUCUGAGGAGAGCGAGAUCUGUGAACGUCCACGAGGCCGAGUUCAUCCGCUUCCUCGACGCGGGAAUCUGGCACCUGGCUUUCUAUAAUGAUGGAAAAAACACAGAACAAGUUUCCUACAACACCAUCAUCAUAGAUUCUGUGACCGAGUGUCCACACAAUUGCCAUGGCAACGGAGACUGUCGCUCAGGAACGUGUCAUUGUUUCCCAGGGUUCCUCGGGCCUGACUGUUCACGAGCUGCGUGCCCAGUGUUGUGCAGUGGGAAUGGUCAGUACUCCAGGGGGCGCUGUUUGUGCUACAGUGGCUGGAAAGGCACCGAGUGUGACGUCCCCAACAACCAGUGCAUCGACGUCCACUGCGGUGGUCACGGCAUCUGCAUCAUAGGGGCGUGUGUGUGUAACACCGGAUACAAGGGGGAAAACUGCGAGGAAGUGGACUGUGUUGACCCGUCGUGUUCAGGGCGAGGUGUGUGUAUCCGAGGUGUGUGUCACUGUAACUCCGGGUUCUCGGGGCCGAGCUGUGAGCUGCAGAAAGCUUUGUGUCCCGAACAGUGUUCUGGUCACGGAAAGUUCCAGAGCGAUAGCGGAACCUGCACCUGUGAUGAGAAGUGGACCGGACCGGACUGUUCCGUCGAGGUGUGUGCGGUGGACUGCGGCACUCACGGAGUGUGUAUGGGCGGGAGCUGCCGCUGUGAGGAAGGCUGGACCGGGGCAGUGUGUGACGUGAAGGCGUGUCACCCGCGCUGCACCGAACACGGAACCUGCAAAGACGGCAAGUGUGAGUGUCAUCAGGGCUGGACUGGAGAGCACUGCACCGUGGAGGGAUGCCCAGGUCUGUGUAACAGUAAUGGCCGCUGCACUCUGGAUCAGAACGGUUGGCACUGUGUUUGCCAGCCUGGCUGGAGGGGGGCUGGCUGUGACGUCGCCAUGGAAACCCUCUGCGCAGAUGGCAAGGACAACGAAGGAGACGGCCUAGCGGACUGCAUGGACCCGGACUGCUGUCUCCAGACCACGUGUGUGUCGCAGUCGUUUUGCCGUGGCUCCCCCGACCCUGCUGACAUCAUCACCCACGGCCAAUCAGCUUCUCCACAGCAGGCGGCGCAGUCCUUCUACCAGCGAAUCAGCUUCCUGCUCGGGCCAGAGGGCACGCACGUCAUCACAGGGGAGAAUCCUUUCAACAAGAGUCUGGUCUCUAUAAUCCGAGGUCAGGUGCUCACUGCAGACGGAACGCCGCUGAUCGGAGUGAACGUCUCCUUCGUACACUUCCCUGAACAUGGAUACACCAUCACCCGACAGGACGGCAUGUUUGAUAUUCUGGCCAAUGGCGGCGCGUCUCUGACUCUGAGUUUCGAGCGCGCUCCGUUCCUGCCUCAGCAGCGCACCGUGUGGUUGCCGUGGAACGUGUUUUACGUGAUGGACACGCUGGUGCUGAAGAAGGAGCAGAACGACAUUCCCAGCUGUGACCUGAGCGGAUUCGUCAGGCCCAGCCCACUCAUCGUGACCACGCCCCUUUCUACCUUCUUCAGGUCUGCACCUGAGAACGGACCCAUCAUCCCAGAGACACAGGUUCUCCAGGAGGACACAGCGAUCCCCGGCAGCGACCUGAACCUGGUGUACCUGAGUUCUCGAGCGGCCGGGUACCGUCCCGUCCUGAAGGUCACCAUGACCCAGUCCACCAUCCCUUUUAACCUGAUGAAGGUGCACCUGAUGGUGGCUGUGGUGGGACGCCUCUUCCAGAAGUGGUUCCCCGCAGAACCCAACCUGUCCUACACCUUCAUCUGGGACAAGACGGAUGCCUACAACCAGCGAGUGUACGGCCUGAGCGAGGCGGUCGUGUCGGUGGGGUUCGAGUAUGAGUCGUGUUUGGAUCUGAUCCUGUGGGAGAAGAGGACCGCCGUCCUUCAGGGUUACGAGCUCGACGCCUCCAACAUGGGCGGCUGGACACUGGACAAACACCACGUGCUGGACGUCCAGAACGGUAUCCUGUAUAAGGGCAAUGGGGAGAAUGUGUUUAUUUCCCAGCAGCCCCCGGUGAUCAGCAGCAUUAUGGGUAACGGGCGGAGGCGCAGUAUCUCCUGCCCCAGCUGUAACGGUCAGGCAGACGGUAACAAGCUGCUGGCUCCUGUGGCUCUGGCCUGUGGAUCGGACGGCAGCAUCUACGUGGGAGAUUUUAACUACAUCAGACGCAUCUUCCCUUCAGGAAACGUCACCAGCGUCAUGGAGCUCAGCAACAAUCCAGCGCAUAAGUACUACUUAGCGACGGAUCCGAUGUCGGGGCAGCUGUAUGUGUCCGAUACGAACUCACGCAGGAUCUUCAGACCCAAAGUUCUGACAGGGGUGAAGGAGCUGCUGCAGAACGCUGAGGUGGUGGCAGGAACUGGAGAACAGUGCUUACCCUUCGACGAGAACCGCUGUGGAGACGGAGGGAAGGCCACCGAGGCCCUGCUGCUGGGUCCUAAAGGCAUUGCGGUGGAUAAAAACGGAUUAAUCUACUUCGUUGACGGGACAAUGAUCCGCAAAGUGGACCGCAACGGCAUCAUAUCAACACUACUGGGGUCAAACGAUUUGACCUCUGCGCGACCUUUGACCUGUGACACGAGUAUGCAUAUUGGGCAGGUACGUUUGGAGUGGCCAACAGACUUGGCCAUCAACCCCAUGGAUAAUUCGAUUUAUGUGCUGGACAACAACGUUGUACUUCAGAUCACGGAGAACCGGCAGGUGCGUAUCGUAGCGGGACGCCCCAUGCACUGUCAGGUUCCAGGCAUCGAGUACGCGCUGGGAAAACGUGCCAUCCAGACCACCCUGGAGGGUGCCACUGCCAUCGCCGUGUCCUUCAGCGGUGUACUGUACAUCGCCGAGAGCGACGAGAAGAAGAUCAACCGAGUGCGGCAGGUGAGCACAGACGGAGAGAUCACGCACCUGGCGGGGGCGCCAUCCGAGUGCGACUGCAAAAACGACGCCAACUGUGACUGCUACCUCACGGGAGACGGCUACGCUAAAGACGCUCGGUUGAACGCCCCAUCUUCGCUUGUCGUGUCCUCUGAUGGAACUCUGUACGUCGCUGAUUUGGGCAACAUUCGUAUCCGAGCCAUUUCACGGAACCGCCCUCCUCUGGCCUCGUCCGGAUUUUAUGAGGUGGCGUCUCCAGCCGCACAGGAGCUCUACAUUUUCGAUGUGAACGGCACGCACCAGCACACCAUGAGCCUCGUCACCGGGGACUACGUGUACAACUUCAGCUACAGCAACGAGGGUGACGUCACCGCUGUCGCCGACGGCAACGGCAACACGCUACGCGUCCGUCGAGACCCCAAUCGCAUGCCCGUGCGCCUCGUCGCCCCCGACAACCAGGUGAUCUGGAUCACCAUCAGCACCAACGGAGGCCUGAAGACGCUGACGGCGCAGGGACAGGAGCUCACGCUCUUCACCUACCACGGCAACAGCGGCCUGCUCGCCACCAAGAGCACCCAGAUCGGCUGGACCACCUUCUACGACUAUGACAGCGAGGGAAGGCUGACAAACGUCACCUUCCCUACAGGAGUUAUCACCAGUCUGAUCGAGGAGAUGGACCGAGCGCUCACAGUGGACAUCGAGACUUCCGGAAGAGACGAUGAUGUCAGCAUUACCACUAACCUCUCCUCCAUCGACUCAUUCUACACACUCGUACAAGAUCAGUUGAGGAACAGUUAUCAGGUGGGUUAUGACAGCUCUCUGAGGGUCAUUUACGCCAACGGCAUGGACUCGCACUACCAGACCGAGCCUCACAUCCUGGCGGGUGCGGCGAACCCUACGGUGGCCCGGAGGAACAUGAGCCUGCCGGGAGAAAACGGCCAGAACCUGGUGGAGUGGAGAUUCAGGAAAGAGCAGACCAGAGGCAAGGUCAUAGUGUUCGGACGCAAGCUGAGGGUGAACGGUAGGAACUUGCUGUCGGUGGAUUACGACCGAACUCUGAAGACGGAGAAGAUUUACGAUGACCACCGGAAGUUCCUGCUGAAGAUCGUGUACGACACGGCGGGUCACCCCACGCUGUGGGUUCCCAGCAGUAAACUCAUGUCCGUGAACCUGACGUACUCGAGCAGCGGCCAAGUGACCAGCAUCCAGCGAGGGGCGACUGUGGAGCGGGUGGAGUACGACAGCCAGGGACGCAUCAUCUCCAGAACCUUCGCUGAUGGCAAGUCGUGGAGCUACACUUACCUGGACAAGUCCAUGGUGCUCCUGCUGCAUAGUCAGCGACAGUACAUCUUCGACUUCGACGUACAAGACCGGCUCUCUGCUAUUACCAUGCCCAGCGUGGCACGUCACACCAUGGAGACGAUCCGAUCUAUCGGCUACUACCGCAAUAUCUAUCAUCCGCCCGAGAGCAACGCGUCGGUCACCGUGGAUUACAGCGAGGACGGCCAGCUCCUACGCGUGGCGCACUUGGGCACCGGCCGCCGCAUCCUCUACAAGUACAGAAGGCAGAACAAGAUCUCAGAGAUACUGUACGACAGCACACGCGUGAGUUUCACAUACGACGAGACGGCCGGCGUUUUGAAGACGGUGAACUUGCAGAGCGAAGGUUUUAUCUGCUCCAUCCGAUAUCGUCAGAUCGGACCGCUAGUGGACAGGCAGAUCUUCCGAUUUAGUGAGGACGGCAUGGUCAACGCUCGCUUCGACUACUCUUACGACAACAGCUUCCGGGUCACCAGCAUGCAAGGGGUCAUCAACGAGACGCCGCUGCCCAUCGACCUCUACCAAUUCGAUGACAUCUCGGGCAAAGUGGAGCAGUUCGGCAAGUUCGGCGUGAUCUAUUACGACAUUAAUCAGAUCAUCUCGACGGCAGUCAUGACGUACACUAAGCACUUCGACGUCCACGGCCGCAUCAAGGAGAUUCAGUACGAGAUCUUCCGGUCCCUUAUGUACUGGAUCACCAUACAGUACGACAACAUGGGCCGUGUCACCAAGCGCGAGGUCAAGAUCGGACCGUUCGCUAACACCACCAAAUACAGCUACGAGUACGAUGUGGACGGCCAACUGCAGACCGUCUACUUGAACGAAAAGAUGAUGUGGCGCUACAGCUACGAUCUCAACGGCAACCUUCACUUGCUAAACCCGGGUAACAGUGCUCGGCUCACGCCGCUACGUUACGACCUUCGGGAUCGCAUCACGCGCCUCGGCGACGUACAGUACCGGAUGGACGAAGACGGAUUCCUGCGCCAGAGAGGCACCGAGAUUUUCGAGUACAACUCCAAAGGCCUGCUGGUACGAGUCCACAGCAAGGCUAACGGUUGGACUAUCCAGUACCGUUACGACGGAUUGGGGAGGCGCCUGGCGUCCCGUAACAGCCUCGGUCAGCACCUUCAGUUCUUCUAUGCUGAUCUGAACUACCCUACACGCAUUACCCACGUCUACAACCAUUCCAGCUCGGAGAUCACCUCGCUCUACUACGACCUGCAAGGCCACCUUUUCGCCAUGGAGAUUAGCAGUGGAGAGGAGUUCUACAUUGCUUGCGACAACACCGGCACUCCACUGGCUGUCUUUAGCAGUAACGGGCUAUUACUCAAGCAGGUUCAGUACACUGCUUAUGGAGAGAUCUACUUUGACUCCAACCCUGACUUCCAGCUGGUAAUUGGGUUCCACGGAGGAUUGUACGACCCACUUACGAGGCUCCUUCAUUUUGGAGAAAGAGACUACGACAUUCCCGCCGGCCGUUGGACCACCCCAGAUAUUAGCACCUGGACCAGAGUGGGGAAAGAUCCUGCCCCCUUUAACCUGUACAUGUUUCGCAACAAUAACCCUAUUAGCAAGGUCCAUGAUGUCAAAGAGUAUGUUACAGAUGUCAACAUCUGGCUGGUAACAUUUGGCUUCCAUCUUCACAACGCCAUCCCUGGAUUCCCAAUUCCUAAAUUUGACCUCACGCAGCCCUCGCUGGAGAUGAGAAAGAGUCAGCUCUGGGACGACCUUCCGGCCAUCUCAGGUGUCCAGGAGGAAGUGACACGUCAAGCCAAGGCAUUCUUAUCUUUCGAGAGGAUGCCAGAAAUCCAGUUUAGCCGGCGCCGCUCUGCACGGGAUAAACCCUGGCUGUGGUUCGCCACUGUCAAGUCGUUGAUUGGGAAAGGCGUGAUGCUUGCGAUCACCAGCAAAGGCCAAGUGGCCACGAACGCGCUGAACAUUGCCAACGAAGACUGCAUCAAGGUGGCAGCAGUUCUGAACAACGCCUUCUACCUGGAAGACCUGCACUUCACCAUCGAGGGUCGCGAUACGCAUUACUUCAUCAAAACGAGCCUUCCCGAAAGCGACCUGGGGGCUUUACGGCUGACGAGUGGGCGCCGCAGCUUGGAGAACGGCGUGAACGUGACCGUGUCUCAGUCUACCACGGUGGUGAACGGGCGUACGCGGCGAUUCGCAGACGUCGAGCUCCAGUACGGUUCGCUGGCACUGCACGUACGCUACGGCAUGACGCUGGACGAGGAAAAGGCACGAGUGCUCGAGCAGGCCAGACAAAGAGCGCUCGCGAGCGCGUGGCAAAGAGAACAGCAACGGGUCCGAGAGGGCGAGGAAGGCGCCAGGCUCUGGACCGAAGGCGAGAAACGGCAACUACUGAGCUCAGGAAAGGUUCUCGGCUACGACGGCUACUACGUGCUCUCUGUGGAGCAGUACCCCGAACUGGCCGACAGCGCCAACAACAUCCAGUUCUUGAGGCAGAGCGAGAUCGGGAAGAGGUAACAACCGACUGCACAGCGAUGCUUUAGCCGGGAAGAAGUAACAACAGACUGCACUGUGCCUAGCUGCCUCUCUCGUUUACCGUGUAGAAAAGACCUGAGAUGAGCUCUGUAACCGACACGUCUCUCCCUCUGCAGCAUCGAAACCAACUCUUUCUGAAAGCACUCAAUAAGAACCUUUUGUUUUUGUUUUUUUUUAAACUGCUUUAGCUAGGUAGAGGUAACUGACUGUUACUUAGCUGACAGUUUUCUCAGACUGAAGAGAGAAAUAAAGUGAAGAAAUGACUCAAGCGCUCAGUACCGCCUCAGUUGCCUCACACUCUCUCGCCCCACCCGAAACCCCUCUCUAUACUGUACUGAAUAUACUCACUAAUAGCCCCCCCCCCCAAACACAGGGUAGACAGAAGCUGCCUCUCUACAGUAUGUUACCGUGUACAAAAACCCCGAGCUCCAUCAACCAACCACGUUUCUUCACGCUGCGGCAUUGGACGGACAAGCCAAUUCUCUCCGAAGGACUCUCGGUAUGAAAAAUUUUUGAAAACCCUUCAAUCUGAAUCUUUUUUGUGCUUUUUUUGUAUAAAAUUCUUAAGGAUGGUACGCUUCACGGAUUUAAAUAAAGGGAAGAAAAAGAAGGAACGUGUUUACAAAACCGCUGCACUCGGCUAACGGACUCACGUGUACAGUACAGAGCCUCUGGGUCGCAUCUCUCGCUCUGAAAGUUCUUCUCGCUAUCGGUAUUGAAAAAAAAACAACAACACACGUUUGGUGGACGUUUCGGGUUCGGAGACGUACAGCCGUGAGAACUGAAACGGCACGUGAUUCUUUCCUGCUUCGCUUUGUUUUUAAGGACACCGUUACGAUUCAAGUAUUCAGUCGAGUCUGCGUGUUCAAUGUCAUUGCUGAACCAGCUGGCGGAUGUAGAGUAGAGAGCAAAACAAAACUAAAAAUGAUAUAUCAUAACUGGCCUGUCUUUUGACAAGAGAUGUGAGAAUAUCUUUAUGGAAUCUUUUUUUUUUUUUUUUUAAACUUAAAAAAAAAAUAUUCCACUUAUCCGUACAUCAAUAUUAGUCUCAGAGAAAGUAAUUUAUGUACAGUGUUUAUACAUAUAAAUAAAAUUUAAAAAACCAACAAAAAUAAAACCUUAAAAAAUAUCGACUUUCUUUUUUCCGUCUUGUCAUGCAUUACUGUUUACACUUCAUGAAGUUUAAUAUUUGAUCUUAUCAGAAUUUAUGGUAAUGCUAAUCGAAAUAAAAUCAGCUGUACUGUCUCAUUAAUCUCUGCAUUUUCAUCUCUUACAGUUUGUUUGUUUUGCACACUUUAUUUUUAGUAUUUUUUUUUUUACGCUCUUGUCUGGUUUCGUUGCUCGCCCGCCUCUUCACGUGUUACCGUGAUCGAAGUUACGAUCGAGGCGACGGCUCCGCGGUUCAAAACGGCCUUCGGAUAUUAGUUAGAAAAUAAACCGGACGCGAUUCUGUUCCAGUUACGGGUUUAAAUUCUCGGGUGUUUACUUGUUAGUAGCGAAAUUCUGAUCGGGCCUGUAUUGAUUACUUUAGAUGUAUUUAAAAACAAAACAAAAGAACAGUCAGGACAUUCAGACGGAUAACGACAGGAACGACCGAAUCGAAACGUGUGAGGAAACAAAACGUCACGUCUCACGUUAAAUAAAUUCUUUCUUUUACUUUUACAUACUAAUACCAGUGAACGAGUGCAGGUGAAAAACAAAAGAUCUGUCCAGAAUGUUCUUCACGCUUGCCUUCGUUCACAUACGUCUCUUUUUUUUUUUUAGUUCGGAUCGAGUCAUCUAAAUUGUAUUUAUCGCUACAAAGUCGACUUCUGAGGCCUUUUACGUAAAAUAAUAAUAAUAAUAAUAAUAAUAAAAAAAUCUAAUCAAAUUAAAAAAAAAAACUAAAAAAAAGAGAACAUAACUGCUUUUUUUGUUUGUUUGUUUGUUUUUCUUUUUGUACGGCGAAGCCUAUUUUUCUACGUGAAUGAAAAGGCAUCUAAAAAGGAAAAGCGGUGCUCUCCGUGGUUUAGGAAACUACUCAUCCUGAUUCCGAUCGCUGUGGUUUUUGUCCAAGCGCUGUGCGUUUGGCUGCUCGGAUCUGAGAAACGCUAGACCUUCCCGAUUUGACAAUCCUGUCCUCGCCAUGACGUUAGCACGAGGCGGCGUCCUGACCCCGCGAGCGGUUAAAGAAAUGAUCGGAACAAACAAACAGCCACGUUCCGAGCACGCAUAACAACACUACACGCCAUUUCAUAACGCGGCACUUAAUGCGAGAUGCGCUCACGAAGGCCGUGGCGGUUAGCGAAGGAGGAACGGUAGAGAAAAGGAAACGCGAACGAGGUUUUAGCUUCGCAAUUUGUUGCAUGCGUAUGAUGUAAAACUGCCUCUCUGAAACCACUUCAAGCACUGUAAAGGUCAUUUUCAGAAGUCGGGUGUUCGAACGCACUGCUUUGAUGGAUUAUUUACUGUAUCUGCUUCUACUCCAGAUCAUUAUGUAACAGUCUUUUUUUUUUUUUCUUCAAAUGAAGACUGCAUCAGAUGUGUGUGAAAUGUACUGAAUGUUUUCUUUCUCCAUCUCGCUCCACUCUGUCCAGUAGGUCUGUACGGCCUGUGAGGCGCGUCAAAGUUUAAAGAGGAUGUUAAAAAAAAAACCCAGAAAAAACACAUGUGCGUUCAGCCUUGUUUAUAUGCAUUCUUUCUGUUUUAUGGAAGAGUUUCCUUUUUCGUUGUUGUUGUCGUUUAGGUUUUUUGUUUUUUUUACAGAAAUGUUCGUUUUUGUACUAUAAAAAAUGCAGCAGAGGUAAAAACCCGACGUGAGUGAGAACUGUCUUGCCGUCUCGUUGUGAAAGGACUACGAACGAGCUUCGCUCAUGUUUGUUUGUUUUUGUGGGGUUCUUUUUUUUUCGUAACAGAUCUUGGGGUUUUUCUCGUUUGUUUGAUAAGGUUUAAAAAAAAAUUUUUAAAAAAAAGAAAAAAAGUCUGGAGUGCAAUUAAGAGCCUGGAUACAUAUUAUUAGGACAGAAAACCGAAAACUUAAAAAGCACUUGAGUUUGAUGCACUGUUCAGGCAAUCACUUGCGAGUCCAAUCUAAAAAAUUUCAGUCUGAUGACACGUUUUACUGCCACUUACGAGAGAAAGGCAUCAGAAAUCUCGGACUGGUUAUCUGAUUUAUUCAUAUUAACUACUGAGAGAAGCAACGUGUAUGAAUACGACAGGGGUAAAGCGUUAUCCAGGCUUUUAAGUGCAAUUGUAAACUAAUCCCAAGUAAGGUCAAUGCUGGACCCAUUACAUUUUUACUUUGCAACAUGUUAAUGCUCCACAGACGCCGAUCAUUUAAAUAAAAACGUAAUACUCAAAGUGUCUCUGCUCUGUUCAUUGAUAUAACCACGUACUGUACAGUGGAAAGGCAUUACAGUUUCAUAGACUGUCAUUCAGAGCGACUGAUCUGUUUACCUGCUCACACAGAACAGUCACAUCUUCAGCAGGCGCGGGUUCGCCGGGAUUUUAAGAUUAUUACUUGUCACACCGUACGAGAUCCCGAUAAAGUCUCGUACGGACUGUGUACUGUGAUAGUAUGUGUUCUCGAUGUCAGCUAAUACCACGGAGAUCCUCUAAAGAUACAGUGGGGGAAAUAAGUAUUGAACGAGUCAACAUUUUUUUCAGUAAAUAUAUUUCCAGUGAAGUUAUUCACAUGAAAUUUUCACCAGACGUCAGUAGUAACUCAAGAAAUAUAAAGACUUCACAACAUUAA